UGGAAACAGAAGCCCCCGACUCGGCUCUCCCCAUUGAUCGAGGGUGCGCCGGAGAGGAGAAAAGGAGAAGGAACCCUAGAAAUGGAGCGAGAGGGAGAUUCGACGCCGUGUCUCUGCGAUCAAGGAUUGGAUUUCGCCAUGGCAUGCCCUGAAUUCCAGCGAUCUACGCUCUUUCAUGUUUUCUCUCCUUGGUUCGUAUAAAUUGGGCUUCAACUGGGGAAACCAUUCUCGUAGCCUUCCUGGAUUGAUUUUUGUUCUGCUGAGGUCCGUGGAUGUUAUAAGUUUCAAUAAGAGUUCGAGAAGAUGGCUUCCCCCCCCUUCUUUUUCUUGUUUGUCUGACCUAAGAGUUACACACGUGUUCAUGUGGCAUAAAGACAAGAACGUUGUUCCAUGAGAAUCUGAAGGAUGCUGCUUCUGACGUGCUAGGAGUUUGCUGAAAUCAUCUGCUGCUUAUUAACUUAUUUCCAUCAAGCUUCGAGGUUUCAGAUAGAAUUAUUGAUGAUCAUGGACUAUGACGCUUUUGCAUAGAUAUUGAUGCAGUACAAUGAGAAUCUGAAAAAUUCUGCUUCUGACAUGGUUUGGAGCUUCAUGGUAUUUUCUUGGUGGCAGUUAUAAUCUUUUUAUAAUUCAUGAAAAUUUCACAUUCCUUACUGGGCAACGUGAGCUGAAUAGUGGACAUAAUGACAUUCUCCCCCUGUACUUCAUCUCUAGAUUUUGUUGAUUUGACCACUUAUUAAGUUCACAUGAUGAGGGGGUUGGAGUUUGGGCAAUGAAGAAUGACAAGUCCUUCCUACAGCAAACCCAGGUUUGGGCAGUAGUAGGCGGGUUUAAAAAAGGCAUCCAAGUGCAAGCAAGCUAGUUAUCCAAGGGGAUAAACUGACGAAACUGCACAUCUCACUCCAGCACUUGCAUUCCAAAAGAACAGACAUGAUGUAUCAAAAUCUUCUAAUGUUGAACUGGUGUUUGCUUGUGGGUUUCAACAGAGGCUGGACAAAAUUUGGAUUCAGCGAAGGUGUUUUCAGUCUAGUCUCUACCUUUAAAAUAUAAAAUUUUGACUUCAGACCUCUAAGAAGAGGGCUCAUCAGCUUAUAACAUGGAUUUGACUUCUUACUUAUGUGCCAAAAUUUACAAUUCUUGAUUUAAACCUUCAUUUCAGUAGUCAUUUUUUUCACAUCCAUUUAUUUCCAUUAAAACACUUUUUCAACUGUGGUCCUCAUAUUCUUCCUUCAGUAAUGUCAUUUUCUAUGCAAUUUCAGUAUAAUUGAAUUAUCCAAUUUUUUUUUCACAAUGAACAUGUCAACUAACUUUUUAACUAGGUACACUAUAACUAAGCACGAGCUUGUUCAUAUUGCACUCUCAAUAUUUCUAUAGUGUUGUUAAAUAUGUUACUUAACAGAUGAUUGUUGUUUUUUUCCCAUCUCCAUUAAAUCCAUUAUUUUAUAUACAUAUGUACAUGGAUGCAUGCAUAUACAUAUUAUUUGUGUGCACAUGCAUGCUUGUGAACACACUCACAUAAUGCUUAUUUUAUCUCCAAGUAUCCUGUAUCAGAAUUUUCAUACAUUUGAGUUCACCAGGAUAUUUGAUAGUGUUGUCAAGUGGCUAUGCAACUUGAUGGGUAUACUUGCAAUGAGUUUUUCACUGAAAAGGAAGCAAGAAAAAUAUGCUAUAAUAGGCUCAAAGGGACAAGAUGAUGAUUUAUUCAUGCAAACUGAUCAGAUUAUGUUGCAGCUAUACAAUGUUGGGUUCUCUUUUAGGUUUUUCUUUCCAGGCAUGUAACUUGAAUUCGAGCUUCUUCCUGGCAGUUAAUUUGUAAGUGAAGCUAUGUUCAGCACUGGCAUACUCAUCAAUCUACUUCCAUUCUGAUGCCUAGAAGAUUGAAAGCUUGAUUUCAGUUGGCCAAGAAUCACGUUCUCUUCGUGGUGUAACACAGUUGAUAGAAGAGGCAAGCUGUAUAUCUAAUCAUCAGUAACUGUAACUACUGAUAAACCAUGACUAAUGACCUGUGUUGGCAGCCGACCAGUUAUAAUUUGAGCAAACCACACAACAGACUAGCCUUAUUUUCCUUCUCUAAACUAAAUUUUGUACAUAAUUGCUAUGCUUAUGCAACUCAUUAUUUUUGACAUUAUAAUUUGUUUAACUUGGUGUAUAUCUUAUCAGGGUCAAAAGCCUGUGCUAGUAAAGUUCUGAUAUUUUCUUAGUACCACUAAAAUUUCAUCUUACUGCAGUGAGCUUUGUUCUUGUUCUUUGUUUCUUUUUCCUUCAUUAACCAUAGUAAGCUUCCCUUCUUUUGGCUCACAACCGUAUGUCACGGACACAUUGUUCCGAAAGUAUGACUGCUGCUGAUAUUCUCAUGAAUAUGUUUUGACUACAAAAUUUGUUUUACUUUUUUGCUUACAGCUUAGUAAAUAUUGAUUUCCAACAAGCUGCUGAUUAGGCUAUGAUCCUAUCGGACAUGGACCCCCCAAAAAAAAAUGCUCAAAGUCCUUAGUUUAUACCGCAAAACUUGCGAGCCAUCAUCAAAAAUAAAAGCUGCUCAUACUGUGCGAUGGGGAGAGAACUGGUGUCGUGGCGGCAUUGAUGCCGCGCACCUCUAUCCAUAUUGGAAGCAAAUUCUUCAAGGGGACGGGAAGGAAAAACAAACGUACAACGACAUUGUUAACGGAAACAAUGCUUCCUCCCUGUAUAACGAAUUUUAUGGAAUCCUAUAAGAGGCUGCUAGUGAUGAGGCCUGGACUAUAUGAAUGUUAUCAAUAUGAGGAUUCAAGGUGGUCUAGUGCUUUUUCAUGAGGUUAGAUACAAGAAUCAUUUGGUAUGUAACAACCCGAGAAUUAUUCGGGUCUCUGCCGAGCAGCAGGGGGGGCCCCAACAAAACAGAUCGAACCUGACUGCGUCUACGGAAGGAAAGCCUGCUUGCGGUGAGGGCAUGUUCUGGGCCAUAACCUGGACUCCUCUAUCUAAUGGAUGGAUCAAGCUCCAACUUUUUGGGCUGGUUGAGACCGUCUGAUGGACGGGAUCGUGGUGUGCAUUAGUUCAUCGGUGGCAAUGAUUAUUUUCUUACCUGCACAUGAUAGUGGUGAGACUGUACUGAGACGGAUGUCCCAACGUACAAGAACUCUCUGCUCUCAUCCUUGGUGAUGACCGGUUGGAUGCCGGAAAGCGUAUCCCAUGCAACUGAAAACAUAGCCGGAUUCUUCCAUUGGUUCAGCAACAAAUUGGAACAGCUCCAAACGGCAAUCACCAGACAUAUAACGCCAUUUUAGACGUGGCCCCACCUGAAUGGCUACAUGCAAGUGAAAUCCAAGCAUCCAGAAAGAAAAAUGUUCAGGUACCGGAAAGCCAAAAAAAAAAAAGGAAAGAAAAGAAAAAAGAAAAGAAAAGGAAAAAAAACAAAAGAGCCACUCAAGAAGUCAGCUGAUGAUGUUGUAUUGAAUUGGCUUCCUAAAGUGCGCUUCCACUCGCAGAGCAUGUUCCACAUUUCAUGAACGACCUCCCUGAGGAAAGUGCCGCCUGUACGUACCGAUGGAGGGGAGGCACAGGCACCGAUGGAGAUAUCCUAUGCUACGUCGAGCAAUCUCGACAUUGCUGACAGCGACAUUGUGAGAGGAUUAGCCAGGCAGGUCAGAGUAACUCCGCUGGAGCGCCCGACGCCCUCAUCCCCGUUACUUCCCUCACCCCCACCACUUGCGCAGUGGCGUCUGAAGCUCCAGAGCAUGUCGUUCGUCGAAUGGAUGGAGCUCCUGUUCCCAUGCACCCGGUGGAUGCGAACAUAUCAGUGGAGCGAGUUCCUCCAGGUGGACCUCAUGGCUGGCAUCACGGUCGGUGUCAUGCUCGUUCCUCAGGCAAUGUCUUAUGCCAAGCUAGCAGGGCUUCACCCGAUUUAUGGACUCUAUUCUGGUUUUGUUCCAAUAUUUGUUUAUGCUGUGUUUGGAUCAUCCCGUCAACUUGCAAUUGGACCGGUGACACUGGUAUCUCUCUUGGUUUCCAAUGUCUUGAGUAACAUUGUUGAUCCUUCAGAUGAGUUAUACACGGAGCUUGCUAUACUGUUGGCAUUUAUGGUUGGUGCACUGGAAUGUACGAUGGGGCUGCUGAGGCUUGGUUGGCUUCUCCGAUUCAUCAGCCAUUCUGUCAUAUCUGGCUUUGUUACUUCGUCAGCUAUUGUAAUUGCUCUGUCUCAAGCCAAAUACUUUUUGGGAUACAAUGUAGAAAGGAGCAGCCAAAUUGUACCACUUGCCAAAAGUAUUAUUGCUGGAGCUGGAGAUUUCUCAUGGCCUCCCUUUGUGAUGGGAUCGACUAUUCUUGCAAUUAUUCUUCUCAUGAAGCACCUGGGAAAAACAAAGAAGAGUCUGAGAUUCCUGAGAGCAUCAGGACCACUUACUGCAGUCAUACUGGGUACAAGCUUUGUGAAAAUAUUUCAUCCAUCUUCAAUAUCAGUGGUAGGUGAAAUUCCACAAGGCCUUCCGAAAUUCCACAUACCUAGAGAAUUUCAGUAUGCGGAAUCUCUGAUUUCAACAGCAGUUCUCAUUACUGGAGUGGCCAUUUUGGAAUCUGUGGGGAUUGCCAAAGCAUUGGCAGCAAAAAAUGGGUAUGAAUUGGAUUCAAAUCAGGAGUUAUUUGGUCUAGGAAUGGCAAAUAUCUGUGGUUCAUUCUUCUCUGCAUAUCCUGCAACAGGCUCUUUUUCUAGGUCAGCUGUAAAUCAUGAGGGCGGGGCAAAAACUGGAUUAUCUGGAAUUACAACAGGAUUUACAAUGGGAUGUGCUCUUUAUUUUCUGACUCCAUUAUUUAGAGAUAUACCUCAGUGUGCACUCGCUGCCAUCGUUAUCUCUGUUGGAAUAAGUCUGGUGGAUUAUGAGGAAGCCUUAUUCUUGUGGCGUGUAGACAAGAAAGAUUUCCUUCUGUGGACCAUCACCUGUAUCACAACUUUAUUUCUUGGGAUAGAGAUUGGUGUGCUUGUUGGAGUCAGUGCUUCCCUUGCAUUUGUUAUCCAUGAAUCAGCAAAUCCGUAUAUUGCUGUCUUGGGACGUCUUCCUGGUACUACCGUCUACAGAAACAUUGAACAAUAUCCUGAAGCAUAUGUAUAUAAUGGGAUUGUAGUUGUACGAAUUGAUGCACCCAUUUACUUUGCAAAUAUAAGUUACAUCAAAGACAGGCUACGGGAAUAUGAACUCAGUUGUUCAGGCAGCACAAAGCAUGGAGCAGAAUCUGAAAGAAUAUAUUUUGUGAUCAUUGAAAUGGCACCUGUUCCGUACAUAGAUUCCAGUGCAGUUCAAGCUCUUAAGGACUUGCAUCAAGAAUAUAAAUCACGUGAAAUCCAGAUUGCAAUUUCCAACCCGAACCGAAAAGUUCUGAUAACACUCUCGCGGGCUGGUCAUAUCGAACUUAUUGGCAAGCGAUGGUAUUUCGUAAGCGUGCAUGAUGCUGUGAAAGCUUGCCUGGAACACAUGCAGAACUUCCACGGGAACACGCCGAGAAUGGGAGACCAGACGCCCGGUAGGCAAACAGGUUUCCUGCAGUGGCAAAGGAGACACGAUGGUGGAGAGGAAUCCAGCCCUGACGAGGAACCACUCCUGUCACAAAAGGAGGUUUAAGUGCUGUUUCUUCCCAUUUGUCCUGCCUUCUCCUGGUUCAUCCAUCAACUGUAGAUGUGAACCGGUGGCAAGGGUUCUUGUCUCAUAUGAUAAAAAUAAAGUAUAGUUUUGCCUUGUCAAACCAGAAAAGGUUCCAUAAUUUAUAAGAUAGCUGCUUGGUGCAGACCAGGUGGUCAGGUAAUUUUAUGUGUCAAAAAAUGUGGGGUGAAAUGCUUCAUAUAUGUUGGCAUUCGGGGCAGUGUACCAUUAUCACUACAUAAAUGUUCAAUAACGCCCCCACGUGAUCA